GCUGGUGGCUAUGCCUGGACCGACUUAAGGAAGGCUUUUGAAGCUCGUUUCCAAAUAAAGCAGUACAACACUGCAGAGCUAAGCACACUACUAUCUUCUGCAAGUUUUCAAUCAGGAGUACUAAACUGAAUUUUUUUCAAUUUCAUAAUUUUCAAUUAACUAUAUAUUCAUUUAAAAACAUUAUAAAUUUAUUUUUGAUUGCAUGUAAUCACGUGGCUGUGAUCGAAAGGGGAUUGACUCAUAUAUCUGGGUACAAAAUGGAAAAUCUAAAGUAAUAUUAUAAAUGUGUUUUUUUUAUAAAAACUUUCUUUUACCCUUUUGUUUAAAGAUUAACUUUGUACUGAAAAGACUUGGAUAGAUUGAAAGGAGAAUGAAAAGAUGUUCAUUCUAGUUCAAUAUUGUCAAGUAUAUAUAUAUUGUGUUAAUCUAAUAUCAAAGAAAACUAGUACCUUGAGAUUCUAGGGGAGGUUCAUAUAAGCAUACUAAAAACCUUCCUAGUAGGAUAAGAGGGUAAGAGUUUUAUUUUAUUGUAGGUCUGUCAGAUGCCAGCUGCCCCGCCCAAGGGAUGGGUGCCAGAACGGGUAUAUCGCUGCUUGGCCCAAUUUGUUUCCAAGCAAGAUUGGGAACUACAUCGUUCAAAUGCGCAUUUGGCCACCGUCGCCUGUGGGGUGGGAGAUUGUUCGAAGAUGUUUAUCCCUACCCAGGUUGAGGAGCUCGCAUUCCAUCGGCGGAGGCACCUUAAUCUGGGCGCUGGUGAAGAGGUCAGUGGUGAGCCGUCAAGGAAGAGGAAGAGAGAGGAGGGGGAUGGCACGGGCCAGGAGCUGGGGGUCGAUCCCGCAUCGAUCUCGACGCCCAAGCUCCAAGCCUUUGUGCAUCCCCAGGAGGAGCAACAACAUGAAGAGGACAACCAGCCCCAAACUCGGGGCCUGAGGGCAGAGAGUGUUGGCCCCAUAUUAGGCAAAUGCGCCAGCGAUGUAGAGAGGUUGCUAAGAGGGCCAGGGGCAGACCUUGGUGAUGUGAACAUUGACAAUGUGGACAUCGACGAAUUGCUUAACCUUGUUUGAUGUGCAUGAUAAUGUUUUAGCGUUUUAAACGCACGCGUCCUAUCGAUGAAUACAUUAUUAUUCAUUUGAAAUAUUGUUUUCUGUGAUUUAAGCACUAUUAACGGCUGCUAUCAAGUGGUUAUAAUGAUGAUUUUAUUUCUGUGGUUGAGGACAACCAUUAAUAUUUUAAGAGGGGGGUAGUUGUGUGAGUAAUAACACAUAGUCUAAUUCUUAUCUUUCUCUUAGCCACAGAUUAAUAUAAACAACAUUAUUAUUGGAGACAAGGAACAAGUAUCUCAUUUAUAAACAAACUUGCUUUUCCUUAUGAUAUGAACAACUAUGCCAGAAUGCGACGUUUGUAUGCCAAUUGAGACACAUUUAUGCCAAAUCAUAAUUGAGCGUAUUCCAAACUCUCUUUUCCCAAGGAAUACCAAAAUACCGCAUUCGCUAUACUGAGCUAGAAAUAUUGUAAACAUACAAUCAACUCUGUGAAAUCAUAACAAUCACAGAGGUGAUUGUGUAACAAAUGUACUGUCUAUUUGUAUAAA